AUGUCAUUAGCCUAAUUCAUACAAUACAGUCAAAAAACCUUUUUAAAUGAAUUUUGGAAUACUCUUCGACCAGAAUCACAAGUAAACUUUCCAUUUUCAUAUCUCCGUAGUUAUUUUAUGACAGAGGAAAUGAAAUUUUCAUCUUUAGAGAAUUGAAUCAAAUAUUUAUAAUCUAAAAAAAUCAACUCAAUAAAGUUGUGCGUAUAAAGAUCCCUUAUAAUGGAAUGAUAUAUAGUAUGAAUAUUUAAUAGGAUUACUCAUAUGUUGCUUAUUAAACAUCUGAAAAUUAAUUAGUAAUUUAUUAUCAAAUAUUGUUUAGUACAUAUUUUCAACCAGAGCAAACAGAUAAUUCUUUUACACUGUGUAAUCAGAAAAGAAUUCAUAUAUUAUUCAAUUUGAAUGGGCAAAAGGUUCAUUAGGAAUAUUUGACAUUAUGGUUGUAGAAAAUCAUGGUAUACAUCUACUUAAAAUUGAUGAUUAAAUAAAGAAAGUCAAGUUUUUAUAAUAAAAAAUUACUUGCUCUUGGUAUGAACCAAAAAAUGAGGUUCUAGCAACAUGUAGUAACAAUCAUAAUGGAUUAAUAUCUACUUACUUUUUUAAGGAUAAGAAAAAGGAUUUCAAAUACAAAGGACCAGAUUUUUAUUUAGAUGAUUUUGAACCCAAAGAUGGUAAUUCACCUUUUGCUUCACUAUUCAAAUCAAAAAAAAUAGACACUCCUUAAUUUAUAGUACCUACAGAUAAGAAAAACAAAGAUUUAUGUUAAGAUGAAUUGAUAUCAGAUUCAAUCUAUAGAGUCUAUUUAAUUCACAUAUAUGGUAAAUCACUUUUGGCCUUUUCCAAUUCAUAUAGUGGAAAAUUGUUAUUUUAUUAAUUACAAUAUGAAAAAAUUACUAAAUAAAAAUAUCUGCUUAAUUUUCCAUCUGAUAUAACAGUAAUUAAUUUUUAUUAGAUAUUAGAUUAAUCUAUCAGUUAUUGAUAAUCUUAUUAUAUUAUCUACCUUCAAUGAAAAAUUCUCAAUUGUUUUUGAUGUCAAAAAAUAAAGAUCAGAAUCACCUUUAGGAGCUGCUUAAUCAAUUUUUGAAUAAUAAGAAAUUUCAACUAUCAAAUUUAAAGAAGUAGAAAAAUAGCAUAUAGUUCACUAACAUCAAUAGAUUAAAGAUUCUUAAUAAAAUGAAUCAACCUAAAAAAGUUCAAGCAGAAGUUUAGAAGAUAUUUAAAAUGAUUAGGAUUAGAUUUAAAAAGGAUAAUCUUCAAAUAAAUAAUUAGAACUUGAUGAAAAAGUUGAUGAUAAAAUAAUGGAAAAUAAAGACUCAUCUAAAUAAAAUAUUGAUGAAUAAUAGAAUGAUUAAUCUUUAUUAUAAGAAAAUUCAAAAUAGAUUUAGUAAUUGUAAUAGAAUGAGGAAGUUGAAUAAUGUAGUAAUAUGUAUUUUAAAUCUGAUAUUUAAACUUUGAUCAAUGAAAUAAAAUCAGCAGAUGACUAUUUUUCAACAUUUUUAGUAAAAAUGAAAUGGUGUGCUCUUACUUAAAAUAAUGUAUAAAUUCAAAGCAAAAUUUGUAAUAUUAAUAUUAAUUUUUAGAUGAGUAAAGUUGUAAUUAUUAGGAAGAUGAUUUAAUAAUUAAUUAUAAAGAAAAGUAAAUUUAUUAAUUUACAUUAAAUUUAAAGUACUUACCAAAUACCUUUGAUGAUGAAUCAGAUGCAUUUUGUGGAUUAUUAAGAAGAAAUAAUUGCAAAAAUGCUGUUUUUGAAUUUUUAAUUUAAUUAGCAUUGAAUAAUAAACCAAUUAAAGUUUUUUAGAAUAUUUUUGAAAUUUUUGUGAGAGUCUUUUCAGAAAAUAUUGGGAUUACUCAAAAUGAUAAACACUAUAAUGGAUGCACAGUUUUAUAUCCAUAAGAUAUCAAACUUCAUUUCUUUUAAGUCUUAUCUGAAGAUGAAAAUAUGAAUAAAUAAUUCUUAAUAGAGAUUUUCAUUGAAUUUAUAAGAUAAUUUUAGGAAAUAUUAAAGGAUUAUACAAUAAGUAUUAUUGAAAUUCAAAAGUUAUUAAUCAAAUUAUUAAUAUAAACACAUAGAUUUACUCAUUUGCAUUUCUUAGUUUAAUAUUAAGUUCUCCAAGAUAAUUUAGAUUUUGCAAAAUUAUUGAUUGAUAUAAGUGGCAAGGAAUCUAUUGUCUUAUAAGAUAACAAAUCUGAACCAUAUGAACCAGCUUUUUAAUUAGGAAUAGAUAUGUUUUUUAGAUUAUCAAAAUAUGAAGAACUAUUAGAAUAUCUGUUAAAAUAUGGAAAAGUAUUUGCAUAAAGUUAUUUAAGUUUCAUGACGCAGCUUUUUUGCUUAAUAAGAUACCUAAUAUUAGAAUGAGAUUGCCACCAAUCUAAGAAGGCAUCAGAAAUUCUGAUUGUUAAAGAGAAGAUUUACUGGCCUUCUUAGAAGAUGCUUAUAAAAAAUAAAAAACUUAUUUUAGUGUUGCAGAAGUGAAAACUUUAUGA